UUUAGCAAGAAAUCAAGCGAUCGAGCGAGCGAUCAUGGCAGAGGAUGUGCUUGCGGCGUUCCUGCGAGGGAGGAGUCCUGUCGCGCAUCUCAUCGACUCCUUCGACGAUUUCUGUGAGGCGCUGCCGUCGCUCUUCCAGCAGACGGAGGAGAUUUCGAUGGAGAAGGAGGGCAGCACAGCGUCCAUCAAGCUCCUGAAUGCGUCGCUCCGGCCGCCCGUGGUGAAAUAUCCCUGGGAGGCGCGCCUCGGGGAUCAGAGCUACUCGGCAAGAUUGUUCGCGGACAUCCAUGUCAGGCUCUCUAACGAGAAGGUCGACGAGUCCUUCCGAAAUGACGAAGUUUUUGUCGGAGAGAUUCCGUGUAUGAUCGGCUCCAAGCUCUCAAACGCCCAUGCCGAUGGAAAAAUCGAUUGUCCUCUUGAUCCUGGAGCCUACUUCAUCGUCGAGGGAGCUGAGAAGGUUGUGGUGCCUCAAGACUCGAACUUUGGGGCGAGAUGCUCCAUCUCUCGGAAGGGCUGCUGGAAGAGCUACGUUGUUUAUCCCAACAAAGGAUUGUCUUUCCGGAACACUUUCACGAGAGUUCUUCUCAAGGAGGACAAAGGAAUCAUCAACCUGGAGUUGUCUAUCACGGGAGCCGAUCCAGUCCCUGUCGUCGUAGCGCUUCGUGCUCUGGGAUUGGCGACGGACAAGAGUGUCCUGGACGUGAUACACGCCACAAAUGAUCCCGAGCUCGCCAACAUGAUCCUACCUUCGUUGCGCGAGGCCGCCGACCAGGUUUCCGACUUCUUCGGGGACGAAGACGUCAAUCACCGGGAUUGUGCCGCCAACCAGGAGUUCUUAGCUUCCAAGUCCAGGAAGCUCAAAGGAAGUUUUGUCGACGCUCUGUUUUCCGCUCUCGAUUCUCCCAAGAGCAAGGUGAUAUACCUCGGCUACAUGGUGGAGUUCCUUUGCACAUCGUAUCUUGGUCGCCGGCAGCCUCGAAAGAACAGCCUCGUCAAUAAAAGGAUCCUGGGCGUGAACGAGCUUCUGGCGCUACUGCUGACCAAGGCUAUGACUCGUUUCAUGAGGGAGACUUGCAAGAAAAUGCUGCUGAUGAAGAGCGUCACCGACGGGAUCUUCAACGAUAAGAUCGUCACUUGUGACUUUAGAGACGCGUUCAAGAGGGGAGUUUGGGCUGAGCCACAGACGUAUGGCAGCGGGGUGGUGGAAGCGCUAAAACGGCAAAACGUCACUUGUACACUGGCUCAUCUCCGGCACGUAAGAACUCCAUCUCAGUACUCGGGCAAAGUUAAUGACAGCAGAUACCCAAACAAGUCUCACACUGGAAGGUUCUGCCCGGUCGAAACUCCUGAAGGGGAAAAUUGUGGCCACCUCAAGACUCUGGCGCUGUUUGCGAUGAUUUCCUCUUAUCGCGAUGAAACCGAUGUGCUCGACAACCUCAGCGGCUACUUACAAGAUGUCGAUGAAGUUCCCCUCCAGCAGCUCCAUGUCUUUGACAAGGUAUUUCUCAAUGGACGACUGCUCGGGCUGUCAACACGGGAUGAAGCUAAGGCUGCUGUCCUGCACCUUCGCAACAGGCGACGCCGAGGUGCCAUCCAUUCGGAGGUGGAGAUAGCACCAAACAAGCAUGGCGAGCUGCAAAUCUUUACUGACGGAGGGCGAGUUUUGAGGCCUGUCUUCAUCGUGGAAAACAACGAGUGGCUACUGACAGACGACAAUGUGUCUGAGCUCCGUGAACUGAGCAACGGGGAGGAAAAGGUCCGCUUUUUGCUCCAGGAAGGACUGGUGGAGCUGCUGGGGCCCGAGGAAGAAGAGCAAUGCGUGAUAGCUUCAAGGUACAGCGAUCUGAGGUCAGGGAUUUGCUACACACACAUGGAGCUGCAUCCGGCAGCGAUGCUGUCCAUUACAGCGUCCACCAUUCCGUUCGCUCAGCACAACCUCAGCACCCGCGUCACCUACCAAGCUCAGAAACACUCGAAGCAUGCAAUCGGAUACUACUCGUGCAACCCGAGCAAACGCUUUGACACGACGUCGGACAGCCUUUUCUAUCCGCAGAAGCAGCUGGUGUCGACUAGCAUGUGUCGGCUUCUCUCACCAAACGACUCCGCGAUGAUGCGGGGAUGGCCGGAGAAGUUGAUGCACGGCCAGAGCUGCGUCGUCGCCGUGGCGUGCUACGACGGCUAUAACCAGGAGGACUCACUUAUCUUCAACCAGGCGGCCAUCGACCGUGGUUUAUUCCGUUCCAUCCACGAGAGGACUCACCGCUACAACAUCAAUCUGCAGAGCUCCGAGGAGAGCUUUGGAAGGCCUGUGGAGGAGGACGGUUCUCCGCAGCAGCGGUAUCAGCACUUGGACGAGGAUGGCUUCCCAGAGAUCGGUGCGCGUCUCCAGUCGUCGCAGGCAGUGAUCGGCAAGACCCGGAAGCUGAAAGAAGGGACAGUGAGCAACAGCAGCAUCUUCCUCAAGAACUUCGAGGAGGGGUCCGUGAAAGAGGUGGUGCGGCUCCCGAAAAUCGCCCAGGGAUCGCACGACGUCAACUUUAAAACCGCGAGCGCGAGUUUUCCGCACGGCGGCGUCAAAGUUAAGAUCGCGAGCACGAGAGCUCCGCAGGCUGGCGACAAGUUUAGCAGCAUGCACGGGCAGAAGGGCGUGAUCGGCUGCUGCUUGAGCCAGGAGGACCUUCCCUUCACUCGCCAGGGGAUCGUCCCGGACGUGAUCAUCAAUCCCCACGCCUUCCCGACUCGCCAGACUCUGGGCCAGAUGCUCGAGAGCAUCGCAGGGAAGGCCGCCGCGAUGGGAGUGAGGGUGAAUACCACUCCAUUUAGCAGCGCCUCGCCGGAUCAACUUGGUGCUGCUCUCCACAGGUGUGGCUUCCAAAAGUCUGGGAACGAGCGGUUCUACAGCGGCCUCUAUGGCUCCAUGAUCAAGGCGGAGAUCUUCGUCGGCGUUUGCUUCUACCAAAAGCUGAUGCAAAUGGCGGACGACAAGAUCAAGUGGAGGAGGAUCGGGCGGCAUGACAGCAUCACGCGGCAGCCCAUCAAGGACCGGCAGAAGUAUGGCGGGAUCAAGUUCUCGCAGAUGGAGCGCAGCAGCCUGGUGGCGCACGGCGCGGCGGCGUCGAUCCAGGAGCGGAUGUUCCACCUCAGUGAUCCCCACCAGGUGGAGGUUUGCACGCGCUGCGACCGCAUGGCCAGCAUUGGGCGGUCGCGGGCGCCCAGCUGCCGCUUCUGCAAGGACAAGUUCCCGGGCUUCGCGAGGCUGGAGAUCCCCUACAGCUGCAAGCUGCUGGUGCAGGAGCUCAACAGCAUGGGAAUCGACCUCCGCCUCGUCACCCAUUCCAGCGCCUCGCUCCGCGGGAGGGAAGACAAGAAUUAGGGUUCUUCCGCAAAACGCGCGAAGUUUAGGGCUUUUAUACAUAGUGGUUGAAUUAAAGUGGUGGUGUUUUUGCAA